AAUUACUUGUAGUAGAUAAAUUGGACUGCUAGUUUCACGCAUAGCCUUUGUGUGUGUUGUUGUUUUCGCUGGGUUUUUUUUGUUGUUGUUUUUUUUUUUGUCAAAUGACGUAUCCUCCCUCGAAAGCCCUUCUGCCUUAAAACAGGUCAAGGCAGUUUCACUUUUGCUCGUACAGACCGGACGCAGAGAUGGACGCCUUGGAGGGCGUAAAAUCAGUGAUCGAGGCACUGUAUACGUGCUACCAGCUCUACCAAGAAAUACAGGCUAACAAAAGCCGGCGCGAGCGACUUAAGGAGAGAGUGGAGGCCAUAGAGGGAGUCAUGAAUGACGUUGCUGCUGAGGAGCUGGAUAACCAACAAGUGAGGUGCGCCCUCGACAAAUUCAAGGAAGUGCUGACAGACGCGGUCGACCUGAUCACGAAACACAAGGACAUGAAUUGGCUGAAGGCAGCGAUGAAGGUUAACGACCUGAAGGAGGAGUUUGCUGAGUUGAAUGAGGGCUUGAGCUACGUCUAUGAGCAACUAAGAGGCUCUCUGCACCUGGAGCAGGUGAGGAAGCUGAAGGGCCUGGAGAACGCACAGAGGCGGAGAGACGACCAAGCCGACGCAGAAGCUGACCACAGACUGUGGGAGAGAGAGAUAUUGCCUCGGAUGGAAAGUAAAAUUGACGACAUCCACAGAAUCCUUGUACAUGGGGGGAGAAUUUGCCAAGAAAGCAAUCAAUAUGACACAGUGGAUACAACUAAAGCAUUUGACACAUACAAGGACUACAUUCAGGAGCAAUUUGGCAGAGUUAAGGAGUACAACUCUCGUCCAGGGUGCGACUGGGUGACGGUGUCGAAGCGGUACACAGAUCUGGUGAUGGUGACGAGGCCUCAGGGAGUGAAAAUGCGAGAGGAGGAGAUUCGAAGCAGAGGGGCAGAGCUAGACUGUGCCUUGGCCAGGGCCAACAAGCAGUAUGUUGGCACCAGCGUGGAGAAGUUCUUCAGUCAGCAACCAAACAGCAAGGCACAUGUGUCCAAAGCAGUCAUCCUCCAGGGUCACUCUGGAUAUGGGAAAACCUUCACUGCCCACAGGAUCAUAGAUGACUGGGCAUCCGGCAAACUGUACAACGACCUCUUCGACCUUGUGUUUCUCCUCAAGUUGAAGGCGUUGAGCAAUGUUGAAAAGCCCAAAAGUCUGGUUGACUUCUUGUUGAGUCAAAAUACUCAAUCUGGUAUUGAUGAGUCCACUGUCAGACAUGUGUUGAAGCAUGCACCCCAUAGGGUUCUGUUCAUACUAGAUGGUUUUGAUGAGCUGAGACUAUCGAGAGAAGAUAUGGAGUGUUCACGUGAUCUCACGAUUGAGACCCCUGCAAGUGUUAACACCAUACUGGUGGCACUCCUAAAAGGAAAACUCUUAAAUUCAUCCUUGCUUGUCACAAGCAGGUCCACUGCCUCCAAGCGUCUCAGUGAUGUGCUGGAGAUCCCUCACUGCUUCACAGAGAUCUUGGGGUUCUCCAAUGAUGGGGUGAAGAAGUAUAUCCAGGCCUUCUUCGUGGAGAACGAAGACAUGGGGAGCACAGUACAGAAGCGUGUGAUGGAAGACGCUACCCUUCUCACGGCCUGCUCCAUUCCAGUAACCUGUUGGAUCAUCUGCAAUGUCUUCGAAGAUAUGCUCCAGGAUGGCGAAGACAUAUCCUCUGCGCUGUACACAACUACCUCCAUAUUUGCACAUUUCGUGUCCAUGCAGAUGGAGCACCACGGCCCCAGCCAGGCAGUAGAUGACGACCAAUGGAGUGGCCUUAUCAGGAGUCUGGGGGAGCUGGCAAUGGAGGGAGUCAUGAAGCAGAUCGUGCUGUUCGACGACAGCGAUGUGGACAAGAGGAUACCUGAAAACCUUCGUGGACCUUUCCUUGGCAAGUUCUUCCUGAAGAAGAUCAGCAAGUUUGAAACAAAGUACAGUUUCAUGCACCUCAGCUUCCAGGAGUUCUUCGCCGCCCUCUUUCACCUCUGCGACCUGGACGUUGCUGAGGAGAAAAUUACCAGCACGCUGAAACAGGUGGAAGAGGACCUCUACACCUCCAAACAGAAGUUGAAGAUGAGCCACCUGCUCCCUGUCAUCCAGUUCCUCUUUGGCCUCUCAAACCAGGACGUCACCAGACUCCCCGGGCAGCCCGAACCUGACCGCGUUUGCCCCUUGUUGGAAAAGUGGAUCCACGACUUGAUCAAAGAAGAGGACGGACUGCCAAGGACUCACAACAUUCAGCUCUUCAUUCUGUAUUGCCUGUACGAGGCCCACGAGGAGGGCUUCGUGCAGAGAGCCAUGUGUGUCUGGAACAGCAUCAACCUCGUUCGCAUCCCUCUGACAAUGUCAGACUGCAGAGUGCUGUCCUUUUGCAUUCAGCACUGCCCGGCCAUGGAAGAGCUCACACUCAUGGACUGCAACCUCACUGGAGAAAUGCUUGGUGUCCUCGCCGCACAGCUGGCAAAGUGCAAGACACUUGGGCUGGUGGUAGAAGAUCUGAGAGAUUGUGAAGUGGAUCAUCUAAUCAAGGCUCUCGGAAAGGAAACAAUUGUGGCAGACCUUCAAGUCAAAAACAGCAAACAGCAGCGCCUCCGUUUUUCUCUGGAGAGUGUGUUGCAGGUUUUAAACACUCUUGCCAUACAGAAGCAGGUGGAAACUCUUGAUCUCAAGCUGAGCGUCUCCUGCGACAAUUCUGCUCCAGGAAUCAUCGAUACUUCCAUGGAGGAUGUAUGUGUAAGCUUGAGUGACCAACCACAGGAGUUGGAGACUGCAGGACUGCUCGACAUCAGUGUGGAGCGAAAGAUUAAAGAGCACAUCACAGAGCUAAGAUGCGAAAACAUCCUCAAACUUGGGCUCGAUAAUCCAGCGCUAUGCUUAUCAGGGAUUUCUGUCAAUCAGACAGCUUCCCCUGAGCUCUUCAGAAAUGACUGGACAGGCCUACUGGAGACAGUACACUCUUUGGCAGACAGCCCUUUAGCUCUUGAGAAGGCGGAUGUUGAGCAGAUAGAGACUGUGCAAUCUUGUCUCCUCCAAGUCCCGAAUGUGAAGACGAUUGAGUUGGCGGUCAAAUACCUGACUGCAGACAUGGCCACUCGGUUCCUCUUCUCCUGCCUGGAUGGGGCAACUCUACAAAAAGCAACGUGUAAGCUGUCUGAAGUCUCGGGGCGAGAGAAUAGCGUGUGCUCGGAGGUUUCUCUGAUUAACAUGGCCGACUCUGUGAUGUUAACUGUGGAAGCGCAUGCUGGAGGAUCACUCUCAGAAGUGGAGUUGGAUAUGGCAACCGUCUCCAAGGAAACGGACUGGGCCAGAGUGUUCCAGGACAUUGCUGGAAUAUCAGGAAGAGAGGAUCUGUCCUUCAUGCGUGAUGUGAGUGGGCUUCAGAGGUUGUUUGUGACUGUGACCUGCCUGACGGAGUCCUGGGCUGCUGCCCUCCUUCAGCUCCAGACUCCCGCCACGCCCCCUGCUGCACCGCUGCAGUACUGCAGUCUGAGACCUGAUACUGACUCCCAAGACAACAUCUGUUCUUUCCUAAGUGUGGAACGACAGGGCGAUAACAUCAUGCUGUUGGUGGAGUACAACAAGGAGACAACUCCACUCACAGAAAUGCAGAUCACUGACAUAUCCCUCAGCAUGUCCCAGGAACAUCUGGCAUGUCUGGACCUCCACACCAUACGCACACUCAGAGACCUGGACCAGAGGGAUUUUGUGAAGCAAGUGAAGUGUGUUCCGGGCAUCAGGAAGAUCAAGCUGGUCCUGCUCGGCAACCUGACGGAGGACUGGGCUGACCCCCUCGCCGAACUCAUAGAAGGCUGCCCCUCCCUCUGCAGCAUCACGCUGGACGCUGAACAGUUCCUGCUGGAAGAGGGAGUCCAGGCUCUACAGGAUCACCUUCAGUCGUUCAGGGAAAACCAGAUCAGCCGCCCUCAACUCAACAUCACACUCACAGGGCAAAGGUGCAGUAAAACAACAGAUCCAUGCACCGCUUUUGAUGGCAGUGAGCGAGACUGUAACCACUGGGUCCAGCUGCAGAGUAGUCAGCUUGAGGCCUUCACAAACACACACACUCUGCUGGAGCCAGAACAGGAGCAGGAAGAGGAGGCGCCCAAUGAGGAGAAGGAGGAGGAGGAGAAGGGGAAUGAGGAGGAGGUGAAUGGGGAGGACCCAGGAUCACCCCUGAUGGAUCACCCCAAACAAGAAAAAACACGGUGUUGUUGCUCUUGUAAACUGCAGUGAGUGCCAAGCCAUCCAAAGAUUGUUGAGUGAAGUGGUGGAGGGUUAUCUUCUGCUCGUAAGCUCAUGACCUUGACCGAAUAUGUCCCUUACCCACCAUGGGUCUGCCGCCACUAUUACUUAGGGUCAGCUUUCAGUAGAGAUGAGAUCCUUUAAUGACAGGAUGUUCGUCACGGCAGCCAUAUCUGAUGAUCCGACAGCGACAGUUUACUACCAGGCAAAAAACAUAAAGGGAAGAAAGCUUAGCGUCAUAAAAGUGUAGUGUGGCCAGGUGCCAUUUCUGACACCAUUUUAGGGCUGACGGAAGUCAUGUCUUUGCCUUUUGCCGUAAACUGUUUUAGUAUGCACACGUGAAAGCCUUGCGACAUUAUGCAGUAAAUUGUUUAACUUUAAUUGCACAUGCGUGAUUCACAUGCACUGUCCCCCAAAACUGCAACCUGGGAAUGGUGGCACCCAUACAACGAUGCCCAUGAAACAGUUCUUACGGAAUUCAUCAUUGCCAAUGUUUUUUCCAGCGGGAAAGCCUUCUUCCCUUUAGUUCUUUGCUACCAGAAAAAACUCAAAGACACCGGCGGUAAAAUAUGUCCGCACUUCCUCCCCCCCUAUUCGCUAAUCUGACCUCAAAAUGUGAUGGCAAAAAGGGACUGCUGCUUUGGCUGUACGUGUUGUUGUGGUUGUCGUGAAUCAGUAUUACAAUGGAACCGCAGCAGUCUUUCACAACAGCCAAUGUAAUGCAGGUUAAGUGUGGUGCACUUAGGCCAGUUGGUGUGCAAUGGACACUUGUUAAGAUGAAGUGACUCAGGUUUUUUUAAACAUGAUUUUUAACGUUUUCAUUAAUCAUUCUUUCGAACAUUUUAUUGUUUCAUAUUAUAACUUGUAUUUUUUAAAAUCAAUUCAGCUUUUAUACGUAUAUAUUUUUGCAUUUAGUUUUAUACUGGAAUUUUUUAGCCAUUAUUUUGUAUUUGAAUCAGGGACAUAAUAAAACCUAUAGCACACCCGCAUGCACAGAUCACCACUAUUCAUAGCAUGGGUUCUCACUAACACCUGGGAAUUCCCAUGCUGCCUUGCGCGCUCGUUACGAUGAAAUAUGAAAUAUUCGCCUGAGUUUGGGAACCCAAACACAGAACGGGGGGGGAGGGCAAUAUUUAAUAUUAGACAAAUGGAAGCUUGUGGUUUGUUUACAGAUCCACCAUGUUGACAGCAGAAGCAAAACUAGCCCUCAAUCAAGCUCCAGAUAGCAUUUUAAGAAGUUAAGUAGACUGACUUCCCCUACAAGAAAUUGAACUGAUGGUUCCCAGUCCCAGACUACGUCUCACUUGUAAUAAAGUUUGGCGAUAGCCAGGCUAUAACAAACACAGAGAGGAACCGAGAUGUAUAUGUGGUUGGAUAUUGUCUGAUUUAUUUGUAAAAAAGCCCUAAAAUGGAUUGAGAUCACUGCACACCUUUGACUUGUUUUAGAGAUAGCAUU